UUCGGGCACCUCCACCAGAUAAUUGGGAAGGGUUUCCAGAAGGUGGGAAAUGUCACCUGAUUCACACUGAACUUUUAAAAGCUCCCCACCCCCAAGGAGCCUCGCACACCCUUGCUCGCGGCCGCCCUCCCACUGCCCCACACACUGGGAGACCGCCCACCGCAAACUGCGGAGACCCCCGUCUAGAUUUAAAGCGCGGCUGCGCCCGGCUUCUGACGUCCAUUGAAUCGCGCGGGCGGCCGGCGGCGAGCGCGGGGCUGCGCCGGGAUCGCUGCGCCCUCCGCCGCUCGCCUCUGCGACGCGCGCCGCUCGCCGGAGCCACUCGCCGCCGCGCCCGCUCCCCGCGCCGCCGCGCUCCUCGCCCCGCGCCUGCCCCCAGGAUGGUCCGUCCCAGGCACCAGCCCGGCGGGCUUUGCCUCCUGCUGCUGCUGCUCUGCCAGUUCAUGGAGGACCGCAGCGCCCAGGCUGGGAAUUGCUGGCUCCGCCAGGCAAAGAACGGCCGCUGCCAAGUCCUGUACAAGACAGAACUGAGCAAGGAGGAGUGCUGCAGCACCGGCCGCCUGAGCACCUCGUGGACAGAGGAGGACGUAAAUGACAACACGCUCUUCAAGUGGAUGAUUUUCAACGGGGGCGCCCCCAACUGCAUCCCCUGUAAAGAAACGUGCGAGAACGUGGACUGUGGACCCGGGAAAAAAUGCCGAAUGAACAAGAAGAACAAACCCCGCUGCGUCUGCGCCCCAGACUGUUCUAACAUCACCUGGAAAGGCCCAGUCUGUGGGCUGGACGGGAAAACCUACCGCAACGAAUGUGCACUCCUCAAGGCUAGAUGUAAAGAGCAGCCAGAACUGGAAGUCCAGUACCAGGGCAAAUGUAAAAAGACCUGUCGGGAUGUUUUCUGUCCAGGCAGCUCCACAUGCGUGGUAGACCAGACUAAUAACGCCUACUGUGUGACAUGUAACCGCAUUUGCCCGGAGCCCACCUCCUCUGAGCAGUAUCUCUGUGGGAAUGAUGGAGUGACCUACUCCAGUGCCUGUCACCUAAGAAAGGCUACCUGCCUCCUGGGCAGAUCUAUUGGACUGGCCUAUGAGGGAAAGUGUAUCAAAGCAAAGUCCUGUGAAGAUAUCCAGUGUACUGGUGGAAAAAAGUGUUUAUGGGAUUUCAAGGUUGGCAGAGGCCGGUGUUCCCUCUGCGAUGAGCUGUGCCCUGAGAGCAAGUCUGAGGAGCCUGUCUGUGCCAGUGACAAUGCCACCUACGCCAGCGAGUGUGCCAUGAAGGAGGCGGCCUGCUCCUCAGGUGUGCUGCUGGAAGUUAAGCACUCUGGAUCUUGUAACUCCAUUUCGGAAGACACCGAGGAAGAGGAGGAAGAUGAAGACCAGGACUACAGCUUUCCUAUAUCUUCCAUUCUAGAGUGGUAAACCCUCCACCAAUGUUAAGUGUUGACAUAGCCUUUGGGCAAAAAAAAAAAAAAAAAAAAAAAAGAAGGAAAGAAAAAAGAAAAGAAAAAAAAGAAAAAGAAAAAUAUAUUGUCCAUACUGUAAAUAAGUGUAUGCUUAUUUAUUUGGGGGGAAAACUAUACAUAAAGGACCUUUGUCCUAAUGCUCUCUCCCAGGCCACCUUGUUACUCAUUGGACCCGGAGAGGCGGUCAUUGUGAGGUCUACUGGAUGAGGCCCGUAGUUGAGACUUGUAGACAUUUAUUUAUACUGUGUCAUGUUUUAUAAUUUAUACAUAAAAUGUCUGGUUGACUGUACACCUUGUUUUUGAAGAAAUUUAUUCGUGAAAGGAAGAGCAGUUAUUUAUUGUGAGGUCUCUUGCUUGUAAAGUAAAAGCUUUUUUUUUUCCUUGUAAACCAUUUAAGUCCAUUCCUUACUAUCCACUCACUCAUCCAUCUCCCUUCAUUUCACUGUUGUUAGGCUCCUUUCCACUUUAGCAAACUGGCAUGUCAGUUUCUGUCAUGUUUAUUUAUUGGAUUCUCUGCUGCCUGUUGUGUACAUACAUGAUCCCUCGGGUUUUGUUUACAAGGAAUCUUGACUGACCAAAAGGCAUUAUAACUCUGACUCAAAGAGAAGGUACAGAGGAUACAUCUUUGAGGAAACUCCUACUUCAGUUCUCUUGUUUUGAUGAAGACAUUUGUGAGAGAGAGGGGGUGAUAGGAUUGUUAGGUUUCUAAUUACUGUACUUUUAAGACUUUCCAGAUCCAAAGAAAUUGAGUGAUAUGGGUGUCAAGAGCCUGAAGGGGAAUCCUACACAUUCAACCUUUUCUUAGGUGUUUCCUUUAAGCGAGUCUGCUGUACCUUUCAAGUUAGUUCUCUUCACCCAAUGUGUCAUGAAAAGUUAUAUCAAAGCUUUAUCAGUUCAAGUUUCUUGCUUUUCAUAAUACUUUUUUCUGAUGCAAUUUUAUAUUUUCAAACAUGGCAAGUUAAAUAUAAAUUCAUUUAAAUAUAUAGUUUUGUACUUUUCUACCAUGUAAAUGUGCAAUGUAUAUAAAAGUUAUAAUGUGUAUUUGUAAAUAAAUGAUGAGUGAAAAAAUA